AUGGGUGUCCCUGCUCUCUUCAGGUGGCUCUCCAAAAAGUACCCCCGCAUCGUCUCCUCGGUGCAAGAGGAAGAUCCCAAAACAGCUCCCGGCCCGGAUGGCACCGAGAUCACACUGCCGCUCGACACUUCGACACCAAAUCCUAAUGGCGAAGAGUUUGACUGUCUAUAUCUAGACAUGAACGGUAUCGUACAUCCAUGUACACAUCCAGAAGGCAAACCAGCCCCAGAAACCGAGGAGGAGAUGAUGGUCGAAGUCUUUGCCUACACAGAACGCGUCGUCAACAUGGUACGACCACGUCGUCUUCUUAUGAUGGCCAUCGAUGGCGUUGCACCACGUGCAAAGAUGAACCAGCAGCGAUCGCGUCGUUUCCGUGCUGCCAAGGAGGCACGCGAAAAGCAUGAGGAGGAGCAAGCUGCCCUAGCAGAGUGGAAGGCCAAGGGUCUUGGCGCUACCGACGACGAGAAAAAAUCAAAAAGGGCUUGGGACUCGAACGCCAUCACUCCCGGUACACCGUUCAUGGACCUUCUCGCCGCCUCAUUACGAUACUGGGUUGCACAAAAAAUCAACUCGGACCCGGGCUGGAAGGACAUCCAAGUCAUCAUCUCGGAUGCUAGCGUGCCCGGUGAAGGAGAGCACAAGAUCAUGGAGCACAUCCGCCGUCAACGUUCCCAUCCCGAGCACGAUCCCAAUACCAAGCACGUCAUCUACGGUCUCGAUGCCGAUCUCAUCAUGCUGUCUCUCGCCACUCACGAGCCUUAUUUCAAGGUGCUCCGUGAAGAUGUCUUUGCUGCCGACAACAAGCCCAAGACUUGCAACCUCUGUGGACAGCCCGGUCACUUUGCCGCAAGCUGCACAGGUGCUGCCAAGAAGAAAUCGGGUCAACACGACGAGAUCGCACCCACGCCACCGGAGAAGAAGCCCUUCAUCUUUUUGGACGUCGCCACCCUCCGUGAAUAUCUUGAAGUCGAACUCAACAUCCCCCAACUGCCGUUCGCCUUUGAUCUCGAGCGCGCCAUCGACGAUUGGGUCUUUCUCAUCUUCUUUGUUGGCAACGAUUUCCUGCCUCACUUGCCUUCGCUGGAGAUCAGGGACGGCGCCAUCGACACACUGCUUCGAAUUUGGAAAAAGGAGCUCCCUGCUAUGGGUGGUUAUCUCACCAACCACGGCCGUGUCGAGCUCGGUCGUGCACAGCUGAUCCUCAGUGGUCUCGCUUCUGAAGAAGACGAGAUUUUCCGUCGCAGAAAAGAGGACGAGGAUAGGCGCGAAACCAAUCGAAAGCGACGAGAGGAGAUGCAGCAGCGCAGAGACAAGGAACUCGACCAGGGCAACUUCGGCAACGGGUCUAUGGUUGAAGUCAUGUCCAAGAAACGACGUGCGCACGAAACCGAGAAGCCUGCUUUUAACGGUGUUUCCGCCCAAGAGGCGCGCGACCAGGCGAACAGCAGUAACAAGUCGUACGACCCGCGUAAGAAGGCGAUUGUGCUAGGUGGCGACAACAACCAGGUCGUGAGCGAUCGCAAUGCUGCCAGACAGGCCAACAUGGACGCUGCCGAGGCGCUCAAAGCAGAGCUUAUGGGCGACGCUCCAAAGCAACAAGAGGCCGACGCAGAGCGCGCUCUCAAGAAAGUAAAGACCGAGGCAGGUGCCGAGCCAACCACAGCUUCCGUCGAAAAGCAGGAGCAUGGUGAUGAUCAAGAUUCUGCUUCCGCCGGCACGAAACGCAAGGCGGAUCAAGUGCAACACCACGCCAACGCCGGCGAUGACGACGUUGCGAAAAUCGAAGCUGCCACCGAAGAUGGCGACGCUGACGCUGAUACUGACGCCAACGCCGACGCCAACGCCGACGCCGAAGUUGAUGCUGAAGCUGAAGACGAUGAAGAAGAAGACAACGACGAGGUCGACGGGAACGAGGACGUCGACCCGGUCACCACUAUCAAGAAGCGUAAAGUCAACGCAGACGGCACCGUCGACUACGAAGACACGGUCAAGAUGUGGGAGCCUGGCUACCGCGAGCGCUACUACAAGGAAAAAUUUGGCGUGGAUCUCUCCGACACUGACUUUCGCCGAUCAGUGGUGAAAUCCUACAUCGAGGGUCUCUGCUGGGUUCUAGCCUACUACUACCAAGGCGUCCCUUCGUGGCAGUGGUAUUACCCGUUCCACUUUUCGCCAUUUGCUGCCGAUUUUGAGGACCUUGAAUCGCUUGACAUCCAGUUUCAGCUCGGCUCACCGUUCAAGCCGUUUGAGCAGCUUAUGGGCGUGCUGCCCGCUGACUCGCGAGCCUCGAUUCCGCCGGCAUUCCACCCACUCAUGACCGAGUCUGACUCUGACAUUAUCGAUUUCUACCCGAGCGAAUUCGAGAUCGACAUGAAUGGCAAGAAGAUGGCGUGGCAAGGUGUUGCCCUGCUGCCAUUUAUCGACGAGAAGCGCCUUCUCGACGCACUCAAGGAGAGAUACCCGCUUCUCAGCGAGGAUGAAGUUCGCCGCAACGGAUUCGGCAACAACACGCUCUUUGUUGGCAACGAGUCACGCCUGUACGAUUUUUUGUGCGAAGAGAUCUACGCCAAAAAGCGCACUACAGACGACGGCGAGACGCCCAAGCGUGUUGCCGUCAAUCCGGCUCUCAGCGGCGGUAUCACGGGCUUUGUCAAGCCCGAUCCGGUCUGUGUGCCUGGAUCGACGUUCAACUCCCCGCUCACUAGCCAAGCUCUGCACGACAUCCACAACGACCGUUCUAUCUCGGUGCUCUACGAUUUCCCCGAGCAGAAGACCCCGCAUCGAUCGGUACUGCUGAAAGGGCUCAAGCCGCCCAAGCGCAUCCUGUCGGCUGCCGAGAUCGACUGGGUCAAGCGAGGAAGCCCCGACAACCGCGGUCGCGGUCGAGGCCGCGGCGCACACCACGGUGGAGCCGGUCGAGACUUUCACCGCAGCUCCAACGGUCAACAGCACAACAACAACGGCUACGCCGGUGGUGAGAACGGCAGUGCAGGGUAUCGUGGCUCGAACGGCGGCGGGUACGGAAGCCACAAUGGUGGUGGUGGUGGAGGCUACGGUGCUCCUGUCGGACGCUCGCACGACUACCAGCAGUAUUCUCAGAGUGGCAGUGGCGGUGGCGGCGGCGGAUAUGGCAAUUACGGCGGGUAUGGAGGGUACGGCGGUAGUGGAUAUGGCGUAGGUGGACGAGAUGGCGGAGCUUACUAUGGUGGGUACGGCGGCGGUGGUGGUGGAGCGUAUGGUGCUGCUCCCACCUACGCUUCUGCGGGCGCGUACGAUGCUUACGCAGGCUACGGCGGUAGUGGAGGAUAUGGCGCGUAUGGCGCGUCGGCUUACGCACCGGGAGCUGGUGGUAAUCGCGACAACAGGUACGCAGCGUAUACACAACCGAGCAUGCACGUCGGCCCUGCUGCAGGGCGUGGUGGACGUCAAGCUGCUCCUGCAAACCAUGCCGGAUAUGCGGGACUGCCCAGCCUCGGCGCGCCGCCUGCGCCACCUGCACCGCCAACGCAUCCUGCGGCUGCCUAUGGAGGCUACACCAACGGCGGGUAUGGUGGAUACGGUGCUCCUGCUCAUGGCUACGGAGGCGCCCCGCCCGCACGCGGCGGCGGCAGGGGUGGCCGUGGCGCUGGCAGUCGCGGUGCAGGCCGAGGCGCCAACAACGCUUCCUACGCUGGUCGCGGUGGCGCAUACGGCUCAUUCUACUGA